AAGGUGAGAUGUAAGCAAGAGAAGCAGCCUGAUCUGUUUUGCUGUUUUAGAAGAGCUCUUCAGAUGCACCUGCUGCCAGUUGUAUGAAUGGAAGCGGGGGCGGAGGGAUGGGGGAGAAAACGAAAAGAGAAUUGAGAGUGCCGGGGAGGAGGAAGGAGGCUCUAUUCUACUCACUAGAGGGCUCCGGAGGGGAUGUAAUUUCUGGAGAGCAAGAGAAAAAGAGGAUACUCUCUCUUCUGCUAUUCCUUCCUUCUUCUCUUCCUUUGAGAUCCGAAAUCGGAGGGACAGGUUAGGAGGAAGUGGAAUGUAGAAAAACAGAAGUGUUCUGCUUUGAACAAAAAGGUGAAAUGAAAGGGUGGCGGAAGAGGAGGAGAUUUCGGAAGAAGUGGGGUCAGAAGUGGUGAAGCCCGAGAGCUGUUACCACCGGUUCCAUUCUGGGGUUCUUUUGUGACAUCCUGGUGAUGAUCUACCCAGCCCAGAGCUCCGCCCCAUGAGACUAGAGGGGGAACACCUUGCUAAUGAACACAGCUAAGCAAACCAGCUGCCACAGCCCAGAAUCAAGAAUGUGCUGUGUGGAAUUGGGAGCUAAAGUCCAGAAUCAUCAACUGAGAGAACAAGAGAAACAAGAUAUCAGAGAACAGGCCUAUUCAGCAGGACAUUUUUACAGAAAUUUUUCAACCCCCACAUUAGAAGGAAUAACUUGGAUUAAGAAGUAGACAUCAUUUUGUAAACCAUUCUAAUUUUGUGACCUAAACUCUGCAAUUAGCUGUAUGGUAAAUGGCUUCACUUCCUACUGGAAUCCGUUUUAUCACUUCAUUCACAAGAGAUCAGUGGUACAGGGCCUUCAUUUUUAUCUUGACCUUUUUGCUGUAUACAAGUUUCCACUUAUCUAGGAAACCUAUCAGCAUAGUUAAGGGUGAAUUACAUAAGCAGUGUGCUUCUCAUAGUAAGGUUAAACUCAACGUUCUUAAUGAAAAUGCCUUCCGUGAUUCUGCGGGGAAAAUAUCAGAUAAUGAAACUCAUUGCGGUUGGGCACCAUUUGAUAAAAAGAACUAUCAGCAAUUACUAGGAGCAUUGGAUUAUUCAUUCCUUUGUGCUUAUGCAAUUGGAAUGUAUUUAAGUGGCAUAAUAGGGGAACGCCUGCCAAUUAGAUAUUAUCUAACAUUUGGAAUGUUUGCCAGUGGAGCCUUUACAACCCUUUUUGGAUUGGGGUAUUUCUACAAUAUUCACAAUUUUGGUUUCUAUGUCAUAACUCAGAUAGCUAAUGGGUUGGUGCAGACCACUGGCUGGCCUAGUGUGGUGACCUGCAUUGGUAACUGGUUUGGAAAAGGAAGGAGAGGCUUAAUUAUGGGCAUAUGGAAUUCUCACACCUCUGUGGGGAAUAUCUUAGGAUCUUUGAUUGCUGGCUAUUGGGUGUCUACCUGUUGGGGACUUUCAUUUGUAGUACCUGGUAUCAUCAUUGCUUCAAUGGGGACAGUGUGUUUUCUCUUUCUUAUUGAACAUCCUAAAGACAUAAAAUGUUCUUCCACACCAUUAAUUAGCUCAAAAGGCUUUGAAAAUGGUACUAACAGAUUCAGAGUGCAAAAACAAAUUCUGUACACCAAGGAAAGUAGUAAAAAUCUGGAUCCAGAGAUUCAGAAUUUGUUAUCAGAUGGUGAAAAUGGUACAAUUCAACCAAAGUUUGUCACAGUGUUACAUGGUGAUGGAGGAAAUGGGAUGGCAGCAAUCAGUUUCCUAGGUGCCUUGAAAAUUCCUGGAGUCAUAGAGUUUUCUCUUUGUUUGUUAUUUGCCAAGUUGGUGAGCUAUACUUUCCUAUUUUGGCUACCACUCUAUAUCACAAAUGUAGAUCAUUUUGAUGCCAAAAAAGCUGGGGAUCUCUCUACUUUGUUUGAUGUUGGAGGAAUCAUUGGUGGAAUCUUGGCAGGGGUGAUCUCUGAUAGGCUGGGAAAGCGAGCUUCUACCUGUGGAUUAAUGCUGCUGCUAGCAGCUCCAACGCUCUAUAUGUUCUCUAUGGUCAGUAAAAUGGGUCUAGAAGCUACAAUAGUUAUGCUUCUUAUCAGUGGAGCUCUUGUAAAUGGUCCUUAUGCAUUGAUCACUACUGCAGUCUCUGCUGACCUGGGUACCCAUAAAAGUUUGAAGGGGAAUUCCAAAGCCCUUUCCACUGUGACAGCUAUCAUUGAUGGAACUGGCUCUGUAGGUGCUGCCUUAGGUCCUCUCUUAGCUGGGCUUAUCUCUCCUUCUGGCUGGAACAAUGUGUUUUACAUGUUGAUGGUAGCAGAUGCUACUGCCUUAUUGUUCUUACUGCGCCUCAUUCAGAAGGAACUCUGCUGCACAGGAUCUAGGCCUGGAGAACAGCUUCAGUUUAAAGAACAUUAGACAUUUCAGACACAUUUGGGAAGAAUAUGUACUCAUCAUCCAAAAAUAAUCAUUCAAGAUGCAGUAAAAUGUAAAUGAUUCCAUGUUAAAAAGCUUAGUUUCUCCCCAUGCAUUUUGCACACAUACCUGAAAGAGAUAUAAAAGCAAAUGUUACAUCAUUCUUUUUUUUUUUUUUAAA